AUGGACAGCUCAAAGGAACACGAAUCAUUCAAAAAUGAGGCACAACGUACAAGCGGCGAGAUCAUAGGAGUGUGUGAAGGGUACGCUGGUUACACUGCUGAAGAGGAGAAGGCCGUAUUGCGCAAAAUUGACAUGGUCAUUCUGCCAUUCAUGUGCUUUGUCUUCUUUCUGCAGUACCUUGAUAAGCAGAGUUUGAGCUAUGCCGCUGUGUUUGGACUCAGGGAUGACUUGAACUUGACCAGCUCGGAGUAUUCCUGGACCAGCUCCAUCUUCUACGUUGGCCAACUCGUCUCCGAAUACCCUUUCAUCUAUCUUAUGAGCCGACUCCCACUGACGAAGUUUGUCGGCGCGACUGUGAUCGUCUGGGGCGCUAUCUGUAUGUGUCUCGCAGCCCCGAAGAACUUCGCCGGGUUCGCUGCCGUGCGCUUUCUUCUCGGUUUCAGCGAGGGUGCCGUGUCCCCUGCAUUUGUCACCAUCACAAGCAUAUGGUAUCGCAAAAAGGAGCACACCACUCGCACAGCCCUCUGGAUCACCAUGAAUGGCGUCGCUCAAGUUGUCGGCUGCCUUCUUAUGUACGGAAUUGGCAAAAACGGAUCGCUUUCUAUCGCCCCCUGGCGCAUUUUGUUUAUAGUUUGCGGAGCACUCACUGUUGUGGCCGGCAUUGGAUUUUUUAUGCUCAUGCCAAAUGGCCCCAAAGACGCGUGGUUCCUAAACGCACGCGAAAAGGAAGUUCUUUCCUUGCGCUUGGCACAGGACCGUGAGGGUGGUGACAAGACAUCAUUCUCGCUUGCACAGCUCAAGGAAGCAAUGUUGGAUCCCAAGGCUUGGAUGGUCUUCUGGUUUGGUGUUCUGGUGACCAUGCAGUCGCCGGUAUUGACGUUCGCAUCCCUUGUCAUCCAGUCUAUUGGCUAUAGCAAGCUUGACACCAUGCUAUACACCGCUCCAUCAGGGGCUGUGCAGAUUGCCAUGCUUUGGAUUGGAACUGCCCUGGUCUAUCUCGUCCCUCGCCAACGGACCCUGGUGGUUUUGGCCCUUAUAAUCCCACCACUUAUCGGUUGCGUCUUCUUGUUGAAGCUAGACGUGAGCGCCCAAUGGGGCCUGAUCGUAGCUUCUUGGAUGGCUUCCUGUAUCACCGCCCCCUGGUCAAUCCUUCUCUCACUGUCCGCUUCCAACGUCAAGGGCAACACGAAGCGAUCUAUUGUUAACACGAUGUUUUUUAUCGGCUACUGUGCUGGCUGUAUUGGUGGGCCACAGCUUUGGACGCACAGCCCACGUUACACCGAAGGUGUCAUUACUGGCAUCGUGACUUGGUGCUUGCUCUUUGUGGCUGUCAUUGUCUAUCGUGUUCUCUGUACCAUGGAUAAUAAGAAUCGGGAUGCAGAGGGGAUUUCAGGGGUUGAUAUGGCCCGCGAAUUCGAGCUGGACGAAAAUGGAUUACCUAGGAAUGAUUUGACUGAUAAGGAAGACAGGCAAUUCCGGUAUGUGUGGUAA